CCUGGAGCAGCAUCGCUAAAUGAAAGCAGGACGAAACUUCAGCAGUUACUAUAAAAGAAUGUUAGUAGAUAUUAUGACGAUGCAGAAUGCAAUGACCACGGAUUAAAAAAAUAGACUGUGGACCUGUGAUAUCUCUCGGUGUCCUCGCGUCUCCUGGCUGAUCGAUGUGAGCUGACAAUGUUCCUGGCUCCUGCCAAUCAGUCCCAGCUGAUUCGGUCCAGCCAAAAGGACGAAUAUUAUCGAGCCACUCUGAGAAACAACGCGAACGACGCGUUCCAGGCACUCGUAGGAUCUAAAAGAUGGCUGGACUGGAGGAAGGAGAUAGAGCUGUUGUCAGAUCUUACAUAUUAUGGCCUAACAACAUUCUUGGGCUAUCAAUCUCUGGGUGAGGAAUAUGUUAACAUUGUCCAAGUGGAUCCCACUAAACGUCAAAUCCCCUCUCAAGCCAGACGAGGCAUCUUUGUCCUCUGCCAUACCUUUUUUCCUUAUCUCAUCAACAAGCUGCUGGUGUGCCUGGAGAAUGAGCUUGAAGGUGGGCAGGAGAGCCACAGUCGGCAGCAGGUGGGGUCUGGGCCUUGGAGCCUUGAGGCUUGGCUGAGGAAAUGGGUCCAGAAGAUAGUGGCGCUGUUGUCAGAGCCCCAGAGGAGAGCAUGUCUGCCCGCUGUGUUUGUCAUCCAGCAAAGCCUGACCCUCCUGCAUCGCCUCCAUGCAGCUCUGUUUUAUAUCAACGGCUCAUUCUAUCACCUAUCCAAGAGAGCAGCUGGUAUCAGUUAUAUGCGCGUCGUGGGGCUGAACAGCGAUGAUGGCACCAUCGGGAGCAGCUACAGGCUGCUGGGGGUCAUGUCCCUCCUCCAGCUGCUCAUCACUGUGUGUCUGCAACUAAACAACUUCAGACAGAGACAGAGAGCCAGGCAGGAGUGGAAGCUGUACAGGAACCUCAGUCUGCAGCACAGACAGACCUCCAGCCCCAGAGCUGCCCGCUGCAUCCUCUGCCUGGAAGAGAGGAGACACUCCACCUCCACCCCCUGUGGGCAUCUCUUCUGCUGGGAGUGCAUCACAGAGUGGUGCAACACCAAGGCAGAGUGCCCCUUGUGUCGGGAGAAGUUCCAGCCUCACAGACUGGUGUACCUGAGGAACUACAGCUAGGACCACAGAGCCAGAUGCUGCAGACACACACAGACAUCCUGCCACUGGACUGUAAUGGACUAAACUGGAGAAAACACAGCUGUUGGCUUUUUUCUUUGAUUAAUGGUUCUCAGAAAGAAAGGUUGUUGGUUGAAAGUUUUUAGUUUGUAUUAGUGGAAUAAUGUAAAUAUUACUAAUUAGACAUAUUAUUAAUAUGUACACAGAUGCUAAUAAAAAAGGUAAAAUGUC